AUGGCGGAGGUGACCUUCUGUGAAGAAUGCAACAACAUCUUAUAUGCACGUAGUGAUCGCAAAAACAAAAAGCUUCUCUACGUAUGCCGCAGUUGCGACUACAUUUCCCACAAGCCCAAUGAUCAGCAAAACAUCGUCGCCAGGAUUAACUAUAAUUACAACAGGAAAGAAGACGUGUAUAUCCACCCCGAGACGAAGAACGACCCCGCCCUUGGGCGCGUGCGUGAAUGGGUUUGUAAAAGUUGUGGGAACAAUGAAGCAGUUUUUUUGCAACUCCCCGAAAGAAUUAGUUCCAACCCUAUGGCCCUCAUAUACGUAUGCACAGGAAAAAACUGUCAGUAUUGGGAAAAGGAAAUUCAAAUAACCAAUGAUGAGGAAGACCCCUCCCAGAAAAGUGCACGAUCUUCAGUAGGCUCCCAUGUGGGCCAUCUCAACGCCUUUGUAAAACAGGAGGCAGGACACACCCAAAGUAUUAUUUCUGGACAGGGACAAAAACGCAGUAGAAAAAAAUUGAAAAAAGUGGGCGGGGAUCACGAUGACAGUGGUGAGGAAGAAGAACACCACACAGGUGGACCCCAUGGAGACGGCCUCGACGACGGAGAGGAGAAGGAGGAAGACAAACUCAAGAAGGAACUGCAGGAGUUAAUAAACGCCAAGGACAAUCAACAUCUUCAUCCAGAGGAUCAGCACAGUGAGGUGGCCGACUUUGUCGACGAAAAUGAAAGUGACGUCGAGGAUUAUUUCUGA